AUGGCUGGAGAAAGGAAUAAUGCAACAAUCACCAAGUUCAUCCUUCUGGGGUUCUCAGAUUUUCCCAAACUCAGGAGCGUUCUUUUUGUAGUAUUCUUGGGGACUUAUCUCUCAACGGUGGUGUGGAACCUGGGACUCAUCAUCCUGAUUAGGACGGACCCAUGGUUACACACACCCAUGUACUUCUUCCUCAGCAACUUAUCCUUCUUAGAUUUCUGCUAUGUUACCUCCACAACCCCCAAAAUGCUCUCAGACUUCUUCCAGAAGCCUAAAUCCAUCUCCUUUAUGGGGUGCACCAUGCAAUACUUCUUCUUCUCCAGCCUGGGUCUGUCUGAGUGUUGUCUUCUGGCGGCCAUGGCAUAUGAUCGCUAUGCCGCCAUUUGUAACCCCCUGCUCUAUAUGGCCAUCAUGUCCCCCACCCUCUGUGUGCAGAUGGUGGUUGGAGCCUACAUAACUGGAUUUGUUGGCUCACUGAUCCAACUCUGUGCUUUACUUCAGCUCAAUUUCUGUGGGCCUAACAUUGUCAACCACUUCUUUUGUGACUUGCCUCAGUUAUUAGUCCUAUCCUGCUCUGAAACCUUCUUCCUGCAAGUUAUGAAGUUUGUGAUAGCAGUGAUUUUUGGUGUGAUGUCUGUCUUAGUUAUCACUGUCUCCUAUGGCUACAUUGCUGGUACCAUCUUGAAGAUUAGCUCGGUGGAAGGCAGGUCCAAGGCCUUCAACACCUGUGCUUCUCACCUGACGGCAGUCACCCUGUUCUUCGGAUCGGGACUUUUUGUCUAUAUGCACCCCAGCUCUGGUCAUUCUCUGGGCUACGACAAGAUGGCAUCAGUCUUCUAUACCGUGGUGAUUCCCAUGCUGAAUCCUUUGAUUUAUAGUCUGAGGAACAAGGAAAUCAAAGAUGCGGUGAAGAGACGUAAGAAAAAGCGAGUGUUUCCCCAUUGUCACUGUUAAUUAAAGGUCUGGUAGG